ACGACACGCCGUUUCACGAUGCCCUCGCCAUAAGUGGCUGAAGGCCGCACCCUACGUACCCUACACAGCACAGCGGAAGGCCGGUGGAGCUUUUUCAACGCGAGCUUUGACGUCCCGGGUCGCAGAUUUGAGUUGUAUUUUCGAGGGAAGCGAUAAUGAUGAGCAGCAGGAGACUGCAAAGGUAUCAACCGGGGGUGAAGGGGCCACUGAGGGAAUGAAUGGUUGAAACAUGCUGGUCAUUAUAGUUCUUUGGAGGGCGUUGGGAGAAUGUCAUUGGGCGUGCUGUACUCCGUAGCAGCUGUGGAGGUGGUAUGUAGUAGUGAUGCUGCUGGGUGUUGGUUGCUACUGUUACUAGUUGCGACGCCGCCCAAAGCUGCUCUGCUGCUAUGUAUAAUAAGAACCACGCCCGCUGCUCCCUCUCGUGAAACUUUUUCUUUCUUCUUUUUUUAUUGUUCACCAAUACUUGCUAUUGCUAUUGCAGGGCUUAGCAUAUACACAUUCACAUAUACAUAUAACCAAAAAAAGGACAGCAGCAGCUGGUUCUACGCUAGAAAAGCUUAUCACAAGAAGCUCUCCCCGCAUAUCUACCUACUAUACAACCACGAUCCCCCACCUCCACCGACUUUUCAAUCAACACCUCUCACAAUGUCUUUCUCUGGUCGAAGGGUUCCUAUCCUGAAAUCUCAAGGUCCUAGCGAGCGAAGGUUCUCUACUAGCAAAGAACCUACCGAAAAAAUUACCUCUCAGAUCCAUCGUCAGUUCCGCCAAUCGCACGAAGGACACAAGCCACAUGCUGGAUUGGACCCAACUCGUGCCUCUACCGGUGUAGUCUGGACUUCCGAGCGCGCAUACGAGCACGGCUUCCUCGAGCAUCCCGAAGCAUGGGCAAACUUGGGUCAGGGUGCCCCCGAGGUCGACGAUGAGAUUGAGGGCUGCUUCGAGCGCCCCAAGGAGGUCGACAUCAGCGGCCACGGCCGCGAGUACGGUCCUACUGCCGGUAUCAAGCCUUUGAGAGAGGCGGUCGCCAAAUUAUACAACGAGCACCACCGUAAAUGGAGGAAGAGCCAGUACACCUGGGAGAACGUCUGCAUCGUGCCCGGUGGUCGAGCUGGUUUGAUCCGUAUCGCUGCUGUCUUGGGUAACUGCUACUUGGGCUUCUUCAUUCCCGACUACACUGCAUACAAUGAGAUGUUGUCGCUCUUCAAGAACAUCGCAGCCAUUCCCAUUCCUCUUGGAGAGGACGACAAGUAUCACAUGUCUCCUGACAAGAUUGCUGAGGAAAUCGCCCGUGGUACCUCCGUCAUCCUCACCUCCAACCCUCGUAACCCCACAGGUCAGAUGGUGACGAACCCGGAGCUCGCUCAGAUCCAGAACAUCUGCCGUGAUCGUGCCACUCUCAUCAUGGAUGAGUUCUACUGCGGUUACAACUACACCACCAACUGUGACGGAACCGUCAUCUCCGCCGCCGACAACGUCGAGGAUGUGGACGAGGACGAUGUGCUCAUCAUUGACGGUCUGACCAAGCGCUUCCGACUUCCAGGAUGGCGUGUUGCGUGGGUCCUUGGCCCUAAGGAGUUCAUCAACGCCAUUGGAUCUUGCGGUUCUUACCUCGAUGGAGGCUGCAACGUUCCCUUCCAGGAGGCCGCCGUCCAGAUGCUCGAGCCCCCGCGCGUCCGCAACGAGAUGCGUGCUCUGCAGAUGCAUUUCCGCAACAAGCGUGACUAUGUCAUUGGCCGUUUGACGGAGAUCGGCUUCAAGUUCCCCUUCAUGCCCAACUCCACCUUCUACCUCUGGCUGGAUCUGUCGAAUCUGCCCGAGAGCAUCAACGACGGUUUGAACUUCUUCCAGGCUUGUCUUUUGGAGAAGGUCAUUGUCGUGCCCGGUAUCUUCUUUGACCUCAACCCCAGCAAGAGGAGAGAUUUGUUCGAUUCGCCUUGCCAUCACUUUGUGCGUUUGAGCUAUGGCCCCAGGAUGGAUACCUUGGUACAGGGUAUGGAUGCCAUUGAGAGGAUCGUCAAGAAGCACACUGCGGAUCCUCGACCAAUCAACCAGGUCAGGCCUCGAGGAGGCGCCUAGUCUGGCAUAUUUAAUAAUGCUGUACAUGAACCAUGACAAUGUGGAAUUGUCGUCUUCGCACCUUUUACUAUUACAUGAUACACUAGAUUUGCGGUUGGACUUUAGGUAGAUACCAGAAACAUAGCAGCGGGGCCGGUCAAAGAAUCAAAAUCAAUCUUCUCGAAUUUCCAUAUACAUACAAACAGUUUUCGUCCUCUAUGCUGCCCUAUUCCCUCAAAACUUGGGGAUCAACAUAGGCGUAUUCUCCUUCCACUCCUUAUAAUCCUUCCUAUCCCCAAACUUCCCAUCAUACUUCUUCUCACUCAACGGCACCCCACUAACC